AGCCAUUUUGGCUUCCGAGCGAACGGCGGCGGCCGCGGCUCUUUGCAGCCGGCCGCUGCCGCUGCGCUCCUGGGAGGGCGCAGGGCCCACCAGCGGCCGGCGCGCUCCCAGCGAAGGCUGGCGAGGCACAUUGGCGCCAGCAGGGCCAGCGUCGCGGGCUGUCCCACCGCCCAUGGCGGCGGCUGGACUCACAAAGAAGUCGCACGCGCACUCCGACGAGGAGGCGGAGGGCUGGCGCGCCGCGCUCCAGGUGGGCAGCGAGCUGCUGGUCCGCUCCGACGGCUGCCGCGGCGGCGAGUGGGUCGCCGGCGUCGUCACGGCCGCCGACGUGUCCAACGUCAAGGUGCUGGCCUUCGGGGGCGUGGUCAAGGGCCUGGUCCUGGCACGCAACUCGCCGUGCCUCAAGCAGAAGCCAGAGGUCCCCUCGCUCGACGAGCUGCCCUCCUCCACGAUGCGCAGCACCAGGAGCGGCGUCGUCAUGAGCGGCGGCAGCUCCGCGAGCUCGAACCCGUCGCACCAUCGCAACCUCCUCGCCAACGCCCGCAGCACGAGCAAGGCCAGCCUCGCGCUCCCGGCAACGCCCUGGGGCCGCAGCUGGAGUCCGGGCGGGACCACGGGCGAGGUGGCCGAGCUCGACGGCACGGGCUAUGACAGGGUGAUGUUUGAGGCCGCCAAGUCAAGCGGGUUGAUCUUCGAUUCACCUUGCGCCAGGAUC